CCGGCUUUGCCGCUGCUUCUCUCGGGCUGCCUUCCGAUCAUGUCGUCCAAGAAGAACAGAAAACGGUUGAACCAAAGCGCCGGGAAUGGUUCGCCCUCGGCCUCCGCUGCUUCCUUUUCUGCGGGGGCCACAGCUUCUGCCGUGGCGGCCGGGACUCUGGUGGUGAUCAACUUCUUAGAGAAGGACGACAAAGUUCCUAAAGCAUUCCAGAAUUCCCUUGUUCAACUUGGACUCAACACCAUGAAGUCUGCAAACAUAUGUAUUGGUCGACCAGUGUUGCUUACCAGUUUGGAUGGGAAGCAAGAGGUCUAUACAGCCUGGCCUGUGGCAGGAUUUCCUGGAGGCAAGGUUGGCCUGAGUGAAAUGGCACAGAAGAAUGUGGGUGUGAGGGUUGGUGAUGCCAUCCACGUCCAGCCUGUUUUGGGUGCUGUGCUGCAGGCUGAGGAAAUGGACGUGGCACUCAGUGACAAAAAUGCAGAUAUUAAUGAAGAACAACUGACUGCUUGUCUUCUGAGAAAACUAGAUGGCAAGAUUGUUUUACCAGGCAACUUUCUGUAUUGUACAUUCUAUGGACGACCAUGCAAGUUGCAAGUGUUGCGAGUGAAAGGAGCAGAUGGCGCCAUGUUGAGAAGGGCUCCGAAUGACUCUGACACUGUUGCCCGGGGAAUGGCCUCCAUGCCAUCCAGCGUGGAAGCUAGUACCCUGGAUAUAUCCUUACAGCUAAGCCAGUUAGGUCUGGAAGUGCCCCAAAACCCAACAUCAAGCAGUACUCCUUACAAACCAGGAGAUGGCAGAAUGAUAAAUAAAGCUGGUGGCGUUUCGUCAGGUGUUACACAGAGUCCUGGGAAUGGCAGUGGACUUGGACUAGAGGCAGUCACAGGUCUUAAACGUCGUUCUCAGUCUGCCAGAGAAGGAAAUGAGCAACCUGUCAAUGAAGAGAGAUUGCUAAAGUCACCCAGCGUGGGCGCACAGUGCAACACCGAUACCUUUUAUUUUAUUUCUUCGACAACAAGAGUCAAUUUUACAAAGAUUCGUACAAAUUCAAAAGAUCAAGACAACCAAUUAAAAGUAACUUAUGACAUGAUUGGUGGCUUAAAUAGUCAGCUGAAAGAAAUUAGAGAAAUAAUUGAAUUACCUCUCAAACAGCCUGAGCUUUUCAAGAGUUAUGGAAUUCCUCCCCCUAGAGGAGUGUUGCUCUAUGGCCCUCCAGGUACUGGAAAGACAAUGAUUGCCAGGGCUGUUGCUAAUGAAGUUGGUGCCUAUGUUUCUGUAAUUAAUGGCCCAGAAAUUAUUAGCAAAUUCUAUGGGGAGACUGAAGCAAGGUUACGUCAGAUAUUUGCUGAAGCCACUCUGCGGCACCCAUCAAUUAUUUUUAUUGAUGAGCUGGAUGCACUCUGCCCUAAAAGAGAAGGGGCUCAGAAUGAAGUGGAGAAAAGAGUUGUAGCUUCACUCUUAACACUGAUGGAUGGUAUUGGUUCAGAAGGAAGUGAAGGACAGGUGUUGGUUCUUGGGGCCACAAAUCGCCCCCAUGCUUUGGAUGCUGCACUCCGAAGACCUGGACGGUUUGAUAAAGAAAUUGAGAUUGGCGUUCCGAAUGCACAAGACCGGCUAGAUAUCCUCCAGAAACUGCUUCGAAGAGUGCCCCAUUUGCUCACUGAAGCUGAAUUGCUACAGCUGGCAAAUAAUGCUCAUGGAUACGUUGGAGCAGACUUGAAAGCGUUGUGUAAUGAAGCAGGUCUUCAUGCCUUGAGGAGAGUCUUGAGGAAACACCCUAACCUCCCUGAUAGCAAGAUGGCUGGGUUGGUGAAGAUUACUCUGAAAGAUUUCUUGCAGGGGAUGAAUGACAUCAGGCCCAGUGCCAUGAGGGAGGUAGCAGUUGAUGUCCCAAAUGUAUCCUGGUCAGAUAUAGGAGGACUAGGAAAUAUCAAACUGAAGCUGAAACAGGCUGUGGAAUGGCCCUUGAAACAUCCAGAGUCUUUCACCCAAAUGGGUAUUCAGCCACCUAAAGGAGUUCUUUUGUAUGGGCCUCCUGGAUGCUCUAAAACAAUGAUUGCAAAGGCUUUGGCCAAUGAGAGUGGGCUGAAUUUCCUAGCUGUAAAGGGGCCUGAAUUAAUGAACAAAUAUGUUGGUGAAUCUGAAAGAGCAGUUAGAGAGAUCUUCCGAAAAGCGAGAGCAGUGGCUCCUUCCAUCAUUUUCUUUGAUGAACUUGAUGCCUUAGCAGUUGAAAGGGGCAGUUCAUCAGGUGCCGGGAAUGUAGCUGAUCGUGUUUUGGCUCAGCUCUUGACAGAAAUGGAUGGCAUUGAACAGCUAAAGGAUGUGACAAUCCUGGCAGCUACUAACCGUCCAGAUAGGAUAGACAAGCUGUGUGGCUGACAGGGUCCUGGUGCUCCGUCCAGGUGUCCGACCUGAGCCUCCGAGCUGGGAGAGCCGAGUCCAGGACACUGGACCACCAAAGACCUCCCAGCCCAUGUAAUAUAAAUCGGCAAGAGGUAUCCCAGAGAUCUCCAUUUCAACACUAAGACCCAGCUCCACCCAAUGUCCAGCAAGCUCCAGUGCUGCAUGCGCCAUGCCAAACAACUAGCAAGACAGGAACAACCCCACCCAUUAGCAGAGAGGUUGCCUGAAAUCAUACUAAGUUCACAGACACCCCAAAAGCACCACUGGACACGGCCCUGCCCACCAGAAAGACAAGAUCUGGUCCCACCCACCAGAACACAUGCACCAGUCCCCUCCAUCAGGAAGCCUACACACGCCCCUGAACCAGCCUCACCCACUGACACCAAAAACAGAUGGGAACUACGAACCUGUGGCCUGCAAAAAGGAGACCCCAACACAGUAAGUUAAACAAAACGAGAAGACAAAGAAAUACGCAGCAGAUGAAGGAACAAGGUAAAAACCCACCAGACCAAACAAAUGAAGAGGAAAUAGGCAGUCUACCUGCACAAGAAUUCAGAGUAAUGAUAGUAAAUAUGAUCCAAAAUCUUGGAAAUAGAAUGGAGAAAAUACAAGAAACGCUUAACAAGGACCUAGAAGCACUAAAGAGCAAACAAACAAACAAUGCUGAAUGACACAGUAAGUGAAAUUUAAAAUUCUCUAGAAGGAUUCAAUAGCAGAAUAACUGAGGCAGAAGAACGGAUAACUGACCUGGAACAUAAAAUAGUGGAAGUAACUGCCGCAGAGCAGAAUAAAGAAAAAAGAAUGGAAAGACUUGAGUACAGUCUCAGAGACCUUUGGGACAACGUUAAACACACCAACAUUCGAAUAGUAUGGGGUCCCAGAAGAAAAAGAGAAAAAGAAAGGGUCUGAGAAAAUAUUUGAAGAGAUUGUAGUUGAAAACUUCCCUAACACAGAAAAGGAAAUAGUCAAUCAAGUCUAGGAAGCUCAGAGAAUCCCAUACAGGGUAAAUCCAAGGAGAAACACGCCAAGACACAUAUUAAUCAAACUACCAAAAAUUAAAUACAAAGAAAAAAUAUUAAAAGCAGCAAAGGAAAAGCAACAGAUAACAUACAAGGCAAUCCCCAUAAGGUUAACAACUGAUCAUUCAGCAGAAACUCUCUGCAAGACAGAAGGGAGUGGUGGGACAUAUUUAAACUAAUGAAAGGGAAUAAUGUACAACCAAGAUUACUCUACCCAGCAAGGAUCUCGUUCAGAUUUGACAGAGAAAUUAAAAUGUUUACAGACAAACAAAAGGUAAGAAAAUUCAGCACCACAAAACCAGCUUUACAACAAAUGCUAAAAGGCCUUCUCUAGGCAGGAAACACAAGAGAGGGAAAGGACCUUCAAAAACAAACCCCAAAAGAUUAAGAAAAUGGUAAUAGGAACAUACACAUUGAUAACUGCCUUAACUGUAAAUGGAUUAAAUACUCCAACCAAAAGACAUAGACUGGCUGAAUGGAUACUGAAGCAAGACCCUUAUAUAUGCUGUUUACAAGAGACCCACUUCAGACCUAGGGACACAUACACACUGAAAGGGGAUGGAAAAAGAUAUUCCAUGCAAGUGGAAAUCAAAAGAAAACUGGAGUACCAAUUCUCAUAUCAGACAAAAUAGACUUUAAAAUAAAGGCUAUGACAAGAGACAAAGAAGGACACUACAUAAUGAUCAAGGGAACAAUCUAAGAAGAAGAUAUAACACUUGUAAAUAUUUAUGCACGCAACAUAGGAACACCUCAAUACAUAACGCAGAUGCUAACAGCUGUAAAAGUGGAAAUCGACAAUAAUAAUACUAGGGGACUUUAACACCCAACUUUCACCAAUGGACAGAUCAUCCAAAAUGAAAAUAAAUAAGGAGACACAAGCUGUAAUGACACAUUAGACAAGCUGGACUUAAUUGACAUUUAUAGGACAUUCCAUCCAAAAACAACAGAAUACACUUUCUUCUCAAGUGCUCAUAAAACAUCCUCCAGGAUAGAUCAUAUCUUGGGUCAGAAAUCAAGCCUUGGUAAAUUUAAGAAAAUUGAAUUCGUAUCAAGUAUCUUUAAGACCACAAUGCUAUGAGACUAGAUAUCAAUUACAGGAAAAAACUGUAAGAAAUACAAACACAUGGAGGCUAACAAUACGCUACUAAAUAACCAAGACAUCACUGAAGAAGAUAUCAAAGAGGAAAUCAAAAAAUACCAAGAAACAAAUGACAAUGAAAACACGACGACCCAAAACCUAUGGGAUGCAGCAAAAACAAUUCUAAGAAGGAAGUUUAUAGCAAUACAAUCCUACCUCAGGAAACAAGAAAAAUCUCAAAUAAAUAAUCUAACCAUACACCUAAAGCAGUUAGAGAAAGAAGAACAAAAAGAGCCAAAAGUUAGCAGAAGGAAAGAAAUCAUAAAGAUCAGAUCAGAAAUAAAUGAAAAAGAAAUGAAGAAAACAGUAGCAGAGAUCAAUAAAACUAAAAGCUGGUUCUUUGAGAAGAUAAACAAAAUUGAUAAACCAUUAGCCAGACUCAUCAAGAAAAAAAGGGAGAAGACUCAAAUCAAUAGAAUGAAAAAGGAGAAGUAACAACUGACACUGCAGAAAUACAAAGGAUCAUGAGAGAUUACUACUAGCAAGUCUAUGCCAAUAAAAUGGACAACCUGGAAGAAAUGGACAAAUUCUUAGAAAAGCACAACCUUCUGAGACUGAACCAGGAAGAAAUAGAAAAUAUAAACAGACCAAUCACAAGCACUGAAAUUGAAACUGUGAUUAAAAAUCUUUCAACAAACAGAAGCCCAGGACCAGAUGGCUUCACAGGUGAAUUUUAUCAAACAUUUAGAGACGAGCUAACACCUAUCCUUCUCAAACUCUUCCAAAGUAUAGCAGAGGGAGGAACACUCCCAAACUCAUUCUACGAGGCCACCAUCACACUGAUACCAAAACCAGACAAAGAUGUCACAAAGAAAGAAAACUACAGGCCAACAUCACUGAUGAAAAGUCCCCAACACAGUACUAGCAAACAGAAUCCAACAGCACAUUAAAAGGAUCAUACACCAUGAUCAAGUGGGGUUUAUCCCAGGAAUGCAAGGAUUCUUCAAUAUAUGCAACUCAAUCAAUGUGAUACACCAUUUUAACAUAUUGAAGGUAAAAACCAUAUGAUCAUCUCAGUAGAUGCAGAAAAAGUUGCCGACAAAAUUCAACACCCAUUUGUGAUAAAAACUCUCCAGAAAAAAGGCAUAGAGGGAGCUUACCUCACAUAAUAAAGGCCAUGUAUGACAAACCCACAGCCAAUAUCAUUCUCAGUGGUGAAAAACUGAAACCAUUUUCUCUAAGAUCAGGAGCAUGAUGAGGUUUCCCACUCUCAUCACUAUUAUUCAACAUAGUUUUGGAAGUUUUGGCCAUGACAAUCAGAGAAAUAAAAGAAAAAAAGGAAUCCAAAUCAGAAAAGAAGAAGUAAAACUGUCACUGUUUGCAGAUAAUAUGAUAUUAUACAUAGAGGAUCCUAAAGAUGCUACCAGAAAGUGAAUUUGGUAAACUAGCAGCAUACAAAAUUAGUGCACAGAAAUCUCUUGCAUUCCUAUACACUAACAACGAAAAAUCUGAAAGAGAAAUUAAGGAAACACUCCCAUUUACCAUUACAACAAAAAUAAUAAAAUACCUAGGAAUAAACCUACCGAAGGAGACAGAAUACCUGUAUGCAGAAAACUAUAGGACACUGAUGAAAAAAAUCAAAGACAAUACAGACAGAUGUUCUUGGAUUGGAAGAAUCAACAUUGUGAAAAUGAGUAUACUAUCCAAAGCAAUCUACAGAUUCAGUGCAAUCCCUAUCAAACUACCAAGGGCAUUUUUCACAGAGCUAGAACAAAAAAUUUCACAAUUUGUAUGGAAAUACAAAAGACCCCGAAUAGCCAGAACAAUCUUGAGAAAGAAAAAUGGAGCUGGAGGAAUCAGGCUCCCUGACUUCAGACUAUACUACAAAGCUACUGUAUUCAAGACAGUAUGGUACGGGCACAAAAACAGAAAUAUAGAUCGAUGCAAUGGGAUAUAAAGCCCAGAGAUAAACCCACGCAGAUAUGGUCGCCUUAUCUUUGACAAAGGAGGCAAGAAUAUACAACGGAGAAAUGACAGCCUCUUCAAUAAGUGGUGCUGGGAAAACUGGACAGCUACAUGUAAAAGAAUGAAAUUAGAACACUCCUUAACACCAUACACAGAAAUAAACUCAAAAUGGAUUAAAGACCUAAAGGUAAGGCCAGACACUAUAAAACUCUUAGAGGGAAACAUAGGCAGAGCACUCUAUCACAUAAAUCACAGCAAGAUCCUUUUCUAGAGAAAUGGAAAUAAAAACAAAAAUAAACAAAUUCGACCUAAUGAAACUUAAAAGAUUUUGCACAACAACGGAAACCAUAAACAAGACAAAAAGACAACCCUCAGAAUGGGAGAAAAUAUUUGCAAACGAAUCAACUGACAAAGGAUUAAUCUCCAAAAUUUACAAGCAGCUCAUGCAGCUCAAUAUCAAAAAAGCAAACAACCCAAUCCAAAAAUGGGCAGAAGACCUACAUAGACAUUUCUCCAAAGCUGAUAUACAGAUUGGCAACAAACACAUGAAAGGAUGCUCAACAUCACUAAUCAUUAGAGAAAUGCAAACCAAAACCACAAUGAGGUAUCACCUCACAUCAGUUAGAAUGGCCAUCAUCAGAAAAUGUGCAUAGAAUAAAUGCUGGAGUGGGUGUGGAAAAAGGGAACCCUCUUGCACUGUUUGUGGGAAUAUAAAUUGAUAGAGUAUGGAGAAGAGUACGGAGGUUCCUUAAAAAACUAAAAAUAGAACCACCAUAUAACCUAGCAAUCCCACUAUUGGGCAUAUACCCGGAGAAUCCAUAAAUCCAAAAGAUGCAUGCACCCCAGUGUUCACUGCAGCACUGUUUACAAUAGCCAGGACAUGGAUGCAACCUAUGUGUCCACUGGCAGAUGAAUGGAUAAAGAUGAUGUGGCACAUAUAUACAAUGGAAUAUUAUUCAGCCAUAAAAAGAAACAAAACUGAGUUAUUUGUAGUGAGGUGGUGGAUGGACCUAAAGUCUGUCAUACAGAUUGAAGUAGUCAGAAAGAGAAAACCAAAUACUGUAUGCUAACACAUAUGUAUGAAAUGUUUAAAAAAAAUGGUUCUGAUGAACCUAGGGGCAGGACAGGAAUAAAGAUGCAGACAUAGGGAAUGGAUUUGAGGACACAGGGAGGGGGACGUGUAAGCUAGGAUGAAGUGAGAGAGUGGCAUUGACGUAUAUACACUACCAAAUGUAAAAUAGAUAGCUAGUGGGAUGCAGCUUCAUAGCAC